CUUUCCGCGACUAUGGGAAGUGGGUAUCAGUAUGGUUUGGCAUUUUGCUAUUUGUUGACUUGAUAAUUGUAGCAAGUUACUUAGUCCUAGAAGUUGGAGCAGGAUGAAUCGCCCAAAGGCUACAGCAGUUCGGCGUCCAAGCACAGCAGCAAAGCCAACAGGUCAUCCUCCUCCUGGUGAUUUUAUUGCCCUUGGCUCAAAAACUCAGAGCAGUGAGUCCAAAGCUCCAGCGACCAUUCUAAAAUCUACUUCAACUUCUCUGCCUUCUGAACGUAAACGAGAAGCAACUGCAUUGCCUUCAACAUCUAGUCUUCCAGGAUUAGUAAAACGUCCUAAAUUGUCCUCCACUCCUCCACUUAGUGCCUUGGGACGUCUAGCAGAGGCUGCAGUAGCAGAGAAGCGAGCCAUUUCACCUUCAAUAAAAGAACCGUCUGUUGUACCAAUUGAAGUGCCUACUGCUUCCCUACUGGAUGAAAUAGAAGCAGCUGAAGCUGAAGGCAAUGAUGACCGAGUUGAAGGUGUACUGUGUGGGGCAGUAAAGCAACUCAAAUUAAACCGUGCAAAACCAGAGACUACAUUGUACCUGACUCUGAUGUACUUGGCUAAAAUCAAACCCAACAUCUUUGCAACAGAGGGUGUCAUUGAGGCACUUUGCAGUCUUCUUCGUCGAGAUGCUUCUAUUAAUUUUAAAGCAAAAGGGAAUAGCUUGGUGUCUGUACUGGCUUGUAAUCUUUUAAUGGCAGCAUAUGAAGAAGAUGAGAACUGGCCAGAAAUUUUUGUGAAGGUUUAUAUUGAGGAUUCACUGGGUGAACGUAUCUGGGUAGACAGCAGUCACUGUAAAACUUUUGUGGAUAACAUCCAGACGGCGUUUGGGACAAAGAUGCCCCCAAAGAGCAUGCUGCUACAAACUGAUAUUGGGCGCAUUGGAGGUGAUCUCAGUGCUGGUAACAGCCCUCAUCCCUCUACUCCAGAUGAUGAAGACAGCCAGAGUGAGCUUUUGAUUGCUGAAGAGAAGUUGAGCCCAGAUGAAGAGGGUCAGAUCAUGUCCAGAUAUGAAGACCUAGCAGAGAGUGUUGAAGAAUAUGUCUUGGAUGUGCUGCGGGAUCAGUUGACUCGACGACAACCAAUGGAUAAUGUCUCUCGAAACCUUCUGAGAUUGUUGACUGCUACGUGUGGCUACAAGGAAGUACGUCAGAUGGCAGUUCAGCGUCUGGAAAUGUGGCUGCAGAAUCCAAAGCUUACUCGUCCAGCACAAGACCUGUUGAUGUCUGUUUGCAUGAACUGCAACUCCCACAGUGCAGAGGAUAUUGAAGCAAUUUCAAACCUGAUCAAAAUCCGACUGAAACCCAAAGUUCUGCUCAACCACUAUAUGCUUUGCAUACGGGAGCUACUGAAUGCUCACAAGGAGAACUUGGGCACAACAGUUAAGUCUGUCAUCUUUAAUGAGCUGUCUAAUGCCCGGAACCCUAACAAUAUGCAGGUCUUGUACACCGUCUUACAGCACAGCGCUGAACUUGCUCCCAAGUACUUAGCGAUGGUGUUUCAAGAUUUACUCACAAAUAAGGACGACUAUCUUCGUGCAUCUCGAGCUUUGCUGCGUGAAAUUAUCAAGCAAACAAAACAUGAGAUCAAUUUCCAGUCUUUCUGUCUAGGUUUAAUGCAAGAACGGAAGGAACCUCUGUAUGUUGAGAUGGAGUUUAAGGAGCGUUUUGUAAUACAGGUAACUGACCUCCUUGCUGUUUCCAUGAUGCUUGGAAUUACUGCUCAGGUGAAAGAGUCUGGCCUUGCUUGGGAUAAAGGCGAGAAGAAAAAUCUGGAGGUACUGCGGGCUUUCCAAAACCAGAUUGCUACGAUCCAGCGAGAUGCUGUUUGGUGGCUUCACACUGUUGUACCGACCAUCAGCAAACUGAACCCCAAGGAUUAUGUGCAUUGUCUACAUAAGGUCCUAUUUACUGAACAGCCUGAGACAUAUUACAAAUGGGAUAACUGGCCUCCUGAGAGUGACCGCAAUUUCUUUCUCCGGUUAUGCUCAGAGGUGCCAUUACUGGAAGACACGUUGAUGCGAAUUCUGGUCAUUGGUCUCUCGCGAGAACUUCCUCUUGGACCUGCAGAUGCCAUGGAGCUGGCAGACCAUCUGGUAAAGAGGGCAGCAUCUGUGCAGGCAGAUGAUAUAGAAGUGGUAAAAGUGGAACGAAUACAGCUGAUUGAUGCUGUGCUGAAUCUCUGCACGUACCAUUAUCCAGAAAACAUCCAGCUACCUGCAGGGUAUCAGCCUCCAAGCCUGGCAAUUUCUACACUUUACUGGAAGGCAUGGCCUUUGCUGCUGGUUGUGGCAUCAUUUAAUCCAGAAAACAUUGGACUUGCUGCCUGGGAAAAAUACCCAACACUGAAGAUUCUCAUGGAGAUGGUAAUGACGAAUAAUUUUUCAUAUCCACCCUGCACUGUGACAGAAGAGGAAACCAGAACUGAGAUGAUUAACAGAGAGCUGCAGAUUUCUCAACAUGAGAAACAAGAAAUCCUGGCUUUUGAGAGUCACUUGGCAGCAGCAUCUACAAAACAGACCAUCACGGAGAGCAAUAGCUUGCUUUUGUCACAGCUUACAAGUUUGGAUCCACAAGGGCCUCCUCGUAGACCACCACCUAAUGUUCUGGAGCAGGUGAAGAGCUUAAACCAGUCAUUGCGCUUGGGACACCUCUUGUGCCGUAGUCGUAACCCUGAUUUCCUGCUGAACAUCAUUCAACGUCAGGCCUCUUCUCAGUCCAUGCCUUGGCUGGCUGAUCUAGUUCAGUCCAGUGAAGGAUCACUAGAUGUUCUUCCUGUUCAGUGUCUCUGUGAAUUUCUGCUUCAUGAUGCUGCGGAUGAAGUUGCUCCAACAGAGGAAGAAGAAGAAGCAGAGAGCAAAGAGCAGCGUGUUAAAAAACGUCAGAGACAGCAAAAGCAGAGACAGCUUCUUGGACGCCUUCAGGACUUGCUUUUGGGUUCUAAAGCAGAUGAGCAAACUACAUGUGAAGUGCUGGAUUAUUUCUUGCGCCGUCUCAGUUCUUCUCAGGUUGCUUCUAGAAUUCUGGCAAUGAAGGGCCUGUCUUUAGUACUGACAGAAAGUGGACCAAGAGAAAGUGAGGAGAGAGAGAUGCUAAUGGAAGAAGAUUCUAAGGAACCUGACCUGCUACCUGGUUAUCAGUGGCUUUUGCGAGAUUUGCCCAAGUUGCCUUUGUUUGAGAGUGUUAAAGGGAUGACUGCUCUUGCACUACAGCAGGCUAUACACGUGGAAGCAGAGCCACAGACUAUCAGCGCUUACCUUAUAUAUCUAUCCCAGCAUGCUCCAGUGGAGGACCAGGGCUUGCACAAUGAUCUGACAUUGGAUAUGGCUCGUCUAAUUGUGGAACGGUCUACCAUUAUGUCCACCCUGUUUACAAAACAGACUAGCAGUUCAGAGCCAGAUGCUGUUCUUGGUGCUUUGCUUUCUAUUUUUUUCAAAUAUGUCCAGAGGAUGCGGAAAACUAAGGAGGGAGAUGAAGUAUACAAUUGGUCUGAAUCACAGGACCAGGUCUUUCUUCGUUGGGCAUCUGGUGAGACGGCUACCAUGCACAUCCUCAUUGUACAUGCCAUGGUUAUUCUUCUGACACUUGGGUGCCCACAAGGUGACAGUAGCUUUGAGUGCAAUUUCAGUGCCCUUUUGGACAUUUGGUUCCCUGACAAGAAGCCCUUGCCCACUGCUUUCCUCGUUGACACAUCAGAGGAAGCUUUGCUUCUUCCCGAUUGGCUUAAACUUCGCAUGAUUCGAUCAGAAGUUUCACGACUGGUUGAUGCUGCUCUUCAGGAUUUGGAUCCCCAGCAACUGUUGCUCUUUGUUCAGUCAUUUGGGAUUCCCGUGUCAAGUAUGAGCAAGCUCCUGCAGUACCUGGACCAGGCAGUAUCACAUGACCCACAGACGCUGGAACAAAAUAUAAUGGAUAAAAAUUAUAUGGCCCAUCUUGUGGAAGUCCAGCAUGAGAGGGGAGCAACAGGAGGCCAGACAUUCCAUUCUUUGCUUACAGCAUCAUUACCGCCACGUCAAGAGAAACCAGAACCAGUUCAUCUCAAAGUUAACGGUGACACUCCAUCUACACCCAUCAGGGUACGAGCUUCAGCACAACUUCCUAUAUUAGGUCCUGAGGAUGACUUAGCAGCAACAUUGCUUAAGCUCUUCCCACUGAAUCCAGAUCCUCGUUGGCGACUUUCAAGCUCGCAUCAGAUCUCACUAACAUUGCAGCGUGCACUUGGGCAAGAAGUGGCAGCAAUACGGAAAGGAGAUACCCAAGUAACUGGAAUAUCCAUCCGUCUUUUGCAGGCUAUUGCAAUGCUUAUAAAUUUGCCUCAUGGCAGAGCACUGGUACUGGUAAUGCAUCGUAACCACGCAAUUUCCUGCCCUCUCAUGCGCCUUCUGUACCACUACCAGCGUUGUGUUCCUCAGGAUACAGCUUUUUCCUCACUAUUUUUAAAAGUGGUGAUGCAGAUGAUGGCAUUGCUAGAAAAUCCCAGUGUGGAGGAUGGACCAUUUCGGGCGCAGCUAAAGUCUUUCGCUACCCAGUACUCCUUCAGACACAGGAUCAGUGAUGUGCGGGGUGGCUUUGUUCAGCUGGUGGAGGUCCUGGAGUACCACAACAUGGAACUAAUCAACUCCUCAACACAGGCUCUGAUUGCAGCCAUGCGUGCUAGGGAAAAAUUUAGCGUGGAGCCCAAACUCAUUGGAAAGGCCUUGCAGGGCUUGGCAGAAGUAAAGUCACCAUACUUAGAGGAGUUAUUAACUCUUCUUCUCACUAUCAAUGUGGAAACAACAGCUGCCCUACCUGCUACUGUAUCAGUUGCAAUGGUGAGUUCCUUGCUCCUUCGAGAAGGGGAAGAGCCCCCUGGAAAGCCUGAGACCAUGGAAUCCAGCUCAGAAAAAGUGAAGCCAGUGUCUGCCUCAGGCCUUCUUAUCGAUUGGAUGGAGCUGCUUGACCCAGAAGUAAUCUCUGUCUGCCCAGACCUGCAACAGAGAUUACUGUUUGCCUGGAACAAGGGCAAAGGUACUUCUGGAUCCCAAGUACCAUCUUUUCGUCCAUACCUUCUGACAGUCUUGACACACCAGUCCAAUUGGAAUACACUACAUCACUGCAUUGAUCUGUUACUGAGCAAACAUCGGGAACUCAGGUUCGACCCUUCAGCAUCAUUGGACUUUCUUUGGGCUUGUGUUCACAUUCCUCGCAUCUGGCAAGGAUGGGAUCAAAAAAUUCCUCGGAAACGACGAGAGGAAUUUGUAUUGAGUCUGAUGCCAGCCAAGUUGAUAUGUCUUGUUGAACUUAUUCUCUCUGAAUCCGAGAUGAAGGGCCAGAGUAGUUCUCAGACCAAAAGAGUUUGUGAUGAUGAGACUUCGGAUACCCUUAUCCAGUCCCGGCUUCCACUUUUACUCAGCUUUUGCCAUGGAGAAUCUGAAAGCAUCAAGAAAGUAGCAGAGUAUCUCAUUACCUGCAUCAAGCAAAGGGGUGAGAGUGAGUUGGGAAAACGAUGCCAGAGUCUUCUCCUCCAAAUGUACCUUCAGGUUCCAGAGGUCAUACAAUAUGUUACCUUCCCCGAAUCCCUGUUGAGUAGCGAGGAAGUAUCGGACAGUGGCAUCUGUAAGCUGGAUGCCCUAGUACAUUGGCUUAUAAUGCUUCUUGCUGACACCGGAAACUCCAAGACAUCGGAGAGUCACAUGACUGAUGCUAACAUGAUGUGUAGAAAGUUGGCUGUAUCACAUCCUCUCCUGUUACUCAGACAGCUGCCAAUGAUUGCAGCACAGCUGCAUGGACGAGUUCACCUGAAGUUCCAAGAGUUUCGACAGCAAAACCACCUGACUUUUUUUACUCAUGUUUUGGGUAUCCUAGAUUUGCUACAACCACAGGUGUUUCAAAACAAAUAUCGAGCGCCACUGAGAGACUGCCUGCUCUCAUCUGUACAGCUUUUGCAGAAUUUCAGGAAGUAUUCUCGGCACCUGGCCCCUUUCAUCAACAAAUUUGUCCAGUUUAUUCACAAGUACAUCACUUGUGACCCUACCUCAGCAAUUACAUUCUUACAAAAACACUCCGAUGUCCUUCACAAUUUGUCAUCAGAGAACUGUGACCUGGUGCUGCUAAAAUCUCUCUUGGCAGGACUCAGUCUACCUUCAAGGAGCGGGUCAGCAGAGAGAGGCCCAGAAGAGACAAUGGAAGAAGAGUCUUCAUCUGGCUCCAUUCCACUAGUCAGCUUAUCUAGCUUUGCUCCACUGACAGCAGCUGAAAUGGGUCCUUAUCUGAAGAGAAUUUCCAGAGGACAAGUAUUAGAAGAUAUCCUUGAAGUGCUGUGUGACAUUGAUGAGCUAUCCAAACGGAGACCUGAAGUCCUCAGCUUUUUUAUUAAUGACUUGCAGAGGUUGAUGAGUUCCACAGAAGAAGCCUGUAGAAACCUGGCCUUCAGUCUGGCUUUGCGAUGCAUAGAAAACAACCCGCUCACUGCUUGUGACUUUCUGCCCACCUUCAUGCUUUGUCUUGGUAGUGGAAACUUUGAAGUUGUACAGACAGCUCUCAAAAACUUGCCAGAAUAUACUCUGUUUUGCCAAGAAAAUGCAGCAGUGCUGUUACAUAGGGCAUUCCUAGUGGGCAUAUACAGGCAGAUGGACACAAGUCCCCAGAUAUCCGAUGCCCUGAAGAUUCUACACAUGGAAGCCAGUACAUGAUUGCAGGAUGCCAUUUAGGACUCUCAGCAUCAUUCAGUUGGACUUGGACUGUAGACUUAUUUUUGGGGGGAGUGGAGGCAUUUAAUGUAUUUUUUCUUUAGUCUUUUAUUGUAUUUUAUUUGUUCAUAACACGGACAGAUUUCUUUUUUAAGAAAA